CCACCGGGUCUCAGGUCAGAAAGCCGGGAGGGGAGGUGUGCAGCCAGAGCCACCCAAUCCCGUUGGGACAGAUUUCAUAACUUCCCGGAUAGGGCUGUGGUGGGUCACAGUGCAGUCUCCAGCCAGGAAGAUGGGGUGGCUCCCACUCCUGCUGCUUAUGAUGCAGUGCUCAGGGGUCCCUGGGCAGCGCUCGCCAUUGAACGACUUCCAAGUGCUCCGGGGCACAGAGCUACAGCAUCAACUACAUGCAGUAGUGCCUGGGCCUUGGCAGGAGGAUGUGGCAGAUGCUGAGGAGUGUGCUGGUCGCUGUGGGCCUUUACUGGACUGCCGAGCCUUCCACUACAACGUGAGCAGCCAUGGUUGCCAACUGCUGCCAUGGACACAGCACUCGCCCCACACUCGGCUGCAGCGUUCUGGGCGCUGUGACCUCUUCCAGAAGAAAGACUAUGUUCGGACCUGCAUCACGGACAAUGGGGUCGGGUAUCGGGGCACGGUAGCCACGACCGCGAGUGGCCUGCCCUGCCAGAGUUGGAGCCACAGGUUUCCCAAUGACCACAAGUACACUCCCACGCUCCGGAAUGGCCUGGAAGAGAACUUCUGCCGAAACCCUGACGCGGACCCCAGAGGUCCUUGGUGCUACACGACAGACCACGCCGUGCGCUUCCAGAGCUGCGGCAUUAAGUCCUGCAGAGAAGCGGCUUGUGUCUGGUGCAAUGGCGAAGAUUACCGGGGCGCGGUAGACCGCACUGAGUCUGGACGCGAGUGCCAGCGCUGGGACCUGCAGCGCCCGCACCAGCACCCCUUCGAGCCCGGCAUGUUCCUCGACAAAGGUCUGGACGACAACUAUUGCCGGAAUCCUGAUGGCUCCGAGCGACCCUGGUGCUACACCACGGACCCGCAACUCGAGCGAGAGUUCUGCGACCUUCCCCGCUGCGGGUCCGAGACACAGCCCCGCCAAGAGGCCACGACUGUCAGCUGCUUCCGCGGGAAGGGCGAGGGCUACCGUGGCACAGCCAAUACCACCGCCGCGGGCGUACCCUGCCAGCGUUGGGACGCACAGAGCCCACAUCAGCAUCGCUUUGCGCCCGAGAAAUACGCGUGCAAGGACCUUCGGGAGAACUUCUGCCGAAACCCCGACGGCUCGGAGGCGCCCUGGUGCUUCACAUCGCGGCCCGGCAUGCGCGUGGCCUUCUGCUACCAGAUCCGGCGUUGCGCAGACGAUGUGCGGCCCGAGGACUGCUACCAUGGCACGGGGGAGCGGUACCGUGGCACGGUCAGCAAAACUCGCAAGGGCGUCCAGUGCCAGCGCUGGUCCGCAGAGGCUCCGCACAAGCCGCAGUUCACACCCACCUCGGUCCCGCACGCCCAACUGGAGGAGAACUUCUGCCGGAACCCGGACAGGGAUAGCCAUGGGCCCUGGUGCUACACUACAGACCCAGGGACCCCAUUCGACUAUUGCGCCCUGCGACGCUGUGAUGGUGACCAGCCUCCAUCCAUCCUGGACCCCCCAGACCAGGUACUGUUUGAGAAGUGUGGCAAGAGAGUGGAUCUGCUGGACCAGCAUCGCUCCAUGCUGCGUGUGGUGGGAGGCCAGCCCAGCAACUCACCCUGGACAGUCAGUCUCCGCAACCGGCAGGGCCAACACUUCUGCGGGGCGUCCCUAGUGAAGGAACAAUGGGUACUGACUGCCCGACAAUGCUUCUCCUCCUGCCACAUACCUCUCACGGGCUAUGAGGUGUGGUUGGGCACCCUCUUCCAGAACCCACAACCUGGAGAGCCAGGCCUACAGCGGGUCCCAGUGGCCAAGAUGGUAUGUGGGCCCUCAGACUCCCAGCUUGUCCUGCUCAAGCUGGAAAGAGCUGUGAUCCUGAAUCAGCGAGUGGCCCUGAUCUGCCUACCCCCUAAGCGGUAUGUGGUACCUCCAGGGACCAAGUGUGAGAUCGCAGGCUGGGGUGAGACCAAAGGUACAGGUAAUGACACAGUCCUAAAUGUGGCCUCGCUGAACGUCAUCUCCAACCAGAAGUGUAAUGUCAAGCACCGAGGACGUGUACGGGAGAGUGAGAUGUGUACUGAGGGACUCUUGGCCCCGGUGGGGGCCUGUGAGGGUGACUACGGGGGCCCGCUUGCCUGCUUUACCCAUGACUGCUGGGUCCUGGAGGGAAUUAUAAUCCCCAACCGAGUGUGUGCAAGGCCCCGCUGGCCAGCUAUCUUCAUGCGUGUCUCUGUGUUUGUGGACUGGAUUCACAAGGUCAUGAGACUGGGUUAGGCAUGGCUUUGACCCCAUUUGCCUUGGGGAGGAUGAAACUUCCUAUCAGACAUAAAGCCAUUUUUCCUCUUUACAUCUGU